GUUAUUUUUUGAAGAAUAAGGUAUGACUUAACAACAAAUAUAAUGAUUAGAAUGAAAAGAAGAGGAAAUAAUUAAGUAAUUGAAUAAGAUUUUGAUAAAAAAUUGCAAAGUCGAAAGUAUUGGAAAGAAGAGGAAGAUAAUAAAUUGUAGGCAGCAGUUUAUAAACAUGGUUCAAACUGGAAGUUGAUAGCUGAGUUUGUUUAAGGUAGAAAUGCAUCUUAAUGUGCAUAAAGAUGGAAGAGAAUAAAGCCAAAGGAAGUAAAAAGAUUUAAAUAAGGUUUAGAAUGAAAGAAAUCGAAAAUGGACAGAGGAAGAAGAUAAAGAAGUAUUAAGACUUAUAAAAAUAUAUUAAUUUAACUGGAAAUAAAUAGCUAAUGAGAUAUAAAAUAGAACAGGUAGAUAAAUACGAGAGAGAUAUGUAAAUCAUUUGGAUUCAAAUAUUAUAAGAACACCUUGGAAUAAAUAGGAAGAUAAAAAGAUUUGGGAAAUGUUUUAGAAAAUGGGUACUAGAUGGUCAGAUAUGUCAAAGAAGAUGCCAGGAAGACCUGUAUAAAUUUGUAUAAAUUUAGGAAAACAUGAUCAAAAAUAGGUUUUAUUCAUUUAUCAGAAAAUAAUAUGGAAAAAUAUAAAAUCCUUAUUAUAUUGUACCUAAGAAAGUGAGAAUAUUGGAAGAGGAAUGUUUAAAACAGAGUUAAGGGAUGAAAAAAAUAAGAAAAUUUAAGAAGAUUUAAUAAUCAUUUAAGAUUGAAGAAGAAAUAAGAGAGAAGGAAAUAAGAAACAAUAAAGAGAAAAACUAAUAAAAGUAAUAAGCAGAAUAACAAUGUUAAUAAAUAUAAAUUACUUAGUUUUAAAGUCAAUAUUCUUAACAAUAGUAAUAAUAAAUUUAAUAUUGUUAAUAAUAAUUUCCUUCUUUGUAACACUCUUAGAUAUAGUAAUCUCAAUUUGGAUAAAUAAUAGAUCCAUUUUAAUUUUUUUAGGAUUCUAUAAGAUCAGAUUCAUAUAAAGUAAAUUAAUAUUCUGAAGCUUUAAAAUAAUACUAGGAUUUUCAAAAUUGGUUGAAAGAAUCAUUGAAAUCUUAAUCUGAUCCUGAAUUAAAUAGAAUGUAUAAAUUUGAGACUCCUCCAAUAAUGAGUUUUUUAUAUAUGAAUCCAAGUUUAAUUCAUUCAAUUCAGUAAUAAUAGAAUCCAAUUUAAAUGAAAGAAGAAGAGAAUUAAAAAUUAUUUGGUGGUUUGGAAACAUCUUUACCUGUUUAAAUAAGACCUGAUAUAUUUGAAGAAAUGAAAAAAACAAAUGUUGAACAACAUUAAGAAUAGUUUUUUUAAAGUCAUCAAUAAAAGUAAUGA